AUGGAUAGAGUAGCAGGCCCUGUGAACUACGGUGGUUCUCUGGCACCCUGUGCUUCGACACAGUCUGUUGAUGCUAUGGAGAGUGAGCAGGCACAUGGUGCAUUAGUAGUCGACCGACAGUACCCACCAUUCCAGGAUCCUUUCACUGAUCCAUUUGGCUCGUUACCCUUAUUUGACGUCUCGAAUGGUCUGGAUUUCGCACAAAUCGGGGUUGACUGGUUGGAUGUUUCUGAAGACCUGACCGGAGACUGGGGCAUGUCCGAACCGAUGGCUGCCAAUGAAGACGGUCCUUCGAACCGUCAGCAAUCUCCCUGCCUGGAUCGAUCCGCCGAGACGGCGCCGCUGCCUACUCGAACUCUGAGAGCGUCUCCCCAAAUAUAUCAGCCUGGUCUUGCGACUCCCUCUGUCACUGACUUGGCGCCCGAGGACCACGAUGUCUCUCGCCAACAAUGGCCGUUUGAUGCCGAACGUGACGCCGCACCAAAACGCUACCAGGCACCCCCAAUGCGACAAGUUCUCCAAAUGCAGAUUCAGACGAGCAACAAAGAAUAUACAUCAUUCCAUAACAGCCUCACCGAAUUGUUCUCAGAUACGUACUUACCGAUCCCUGAGGUGGACCGUGGCACUGUCGCCGCUAUGCAAGUUGUCAAAAGAUGGCUGGAAUCGUAUUUCAGAGAAUUCCAUGGCGUUUCACCAGUCAUACACACCCCCACAUGGGAUAUUGAAACUUGUCCCACCAUUCUAAUCGCUGCCAUGAGCUUGAUUGGUGCCGCUUCCUCAGCCAGGGACGGGCCUAGCAGGGCGCAGUUGGCCGUUCUGAGCGAGCUUUGUUCCAAGAUGCUACCGUUGAUUGCGGCUUCUGACACCAAAAACUAUCAAGACAUCAAUUAUCUGAUAGCGUACUGUCUAAGCUCGAUCUACUAUCUCGGAUCCGGUGACCGCCAGCUCUACCAAGUCGCCGAUCGUUCCCGGGGUAUUUUGAUCGGCAGUCUUCGUGGCCUGGGAAUUCUGCGCUCUUAUUUCUCCGUCUCUGUCGAGGGCGAAAAGGAAAAGGGCGACCAGUACACUGACCAUAGAGACCGAAAUGCCCGUCUUCAUCAGGAUUGGAUCUCUUGGAGGGACCAACAACAAGAACUAAGGCUUGCAUGGACAGUCUUUGGGUUUGACUAUACCUUGUCUACUUUGACCAGCAAACGAGGGGGCAUCGAUCUUUCAGAGCUUCCGACUCGACUGCCGUGUGCGGAUUCUCUUUGGACGGCACCAUCAGCUCAGGCGUGGGCAGCGCUGAAAGUCGAUAUGAGCGAAAACGCGACAGGGGCCUCAUUGGCGUUCUGCCUCCGGAGUAUUGUUGCUGGUAAGCAGUUGCCUCCUGAUCUUCCGCCGUACUCGAGGCGAUACUGCACCACCGUCCUGGACCGGCUCCUCUGGGAUUUGAAACAGCUGGACAUGGUCUUCAUGACCGGGUGCCUUGGCUUACCGCAGUCUUCAUCCGGGCAACAAGAAAGAAAAACAACCUUGCUGGAGAUUUUGGGCAAGAUUCGCCACUCACUUUCGCGGCCGCGAUCCAAUGAAGAACUCAUAAAUUACAGCAUGAUAUAUUCUAUAUAUCACUACUCCAACCUGAGUAAUUCUGGCGAUAUGAUGGAUCUAGUCGUCUUCAUUGCACGGAAGAGUCUCUCUGCCAACAACCCGCAUGCCAUGGCGUCAAUCAAUGCAGCAGAGCGUCGGCUGGCGAUCAGCUAUGUCAGCGAUCCACAGAAGACACGCUCAUUGAUCUGGCAUGCAGCCCAAAUCAUUGGCGUCUCCAAUCACUAUAUCUUCUGUUCGCCCUGUGAGGUGUUGCGGAUGUUUGCAGCUUAUGCCGUUCUUAUUGCUUAUGGCAGGUAUCGUCCUCGCACGCCUCCAGACUACCGUGACACUACACCGAUUGAUAUCGGUCAAAUAUACGCAAAUGCGGAACAGAUGGCCGCGACUACUCAGUGGAUUCGCUACGGCGGGUGCGCCAGCGUUGGCUCUGCAAAGGAUAUCCGGUCCGAGGAAGGCGUUCAGGCGCUCAUACGUGAAGGAUGCGAAAGACUCAGCAGCAUCAUAACUUGGCGGGCCUCGGGGAUGUUCGUUCGCGCUCUGAAGUAUUUCGAACUUGAGGCCCAGUUUGAGCGCGAACACAUAAACCCAUGA